AUGUAUUCCAAUAUCUCAAAAACUAGCUUACUUUUAACCAUGGAAUCCCUGGCAAUACCCCCAGCAGGCGUCUACCCAGCGUUCAUAUUUGGAACAUUAACGUACUGCUUUAUUCUCUUCUGUAACUCCAUCAUCAUCACCACCAUUGCUCUGCAUAGCCACCUACACAAACCCAUGCACAUAUUGCUGUUCAACCUGCCAAUCAAUGAUAUGAUGGGAGCCACUGCCUUCUUCCCUCAACUGAUUACCAGCAUCCUGUCUCAGAGCAGGUCCAUCUCUUACCCAGCAUGUGUAAUGCAGGCUGUUCUCGUACACCUGUAUGGAGUUGGAUCCCUGCUUAUCUUGACAGUGAUGGCGUAUGACAGGUAUAUUGCUAUCUGCUGUCCACUCAGGUACAAUGCAAUCAUGACCAACAGCAACUUGGUGAAAAUCAUCACUGUCAUAUGGCUCGUAGAUUUUACUGUCAUAGCAAUCCUCUUGUCUUUUCUUUCCCGCUACAAAAUCUGCAGGACUGUUAUAGUGGACAUGUAUUGCAACAAUCCUUCUUUAGUGAAGCUUAUUUGUGAGGACACAAGUUUAACUAACUACUAUGGGUUGUUUUUAACAGCUGUCACUCAAGGCUUAGCACUAAUAGUGGUGGUGUACACAUAUAUCAAAAUCCUGCUCACCUGCAUGCUCAAUAAGCAGUCUGAUGCCAAGAGCAAGGCUAUUCAGACCUGUGCUACUCACUUAGUAGUCUUCAUAUUCCUGGAGUUUAAUGCUUUCUUCACUAUAAUCUCACAUCGGUUGGAGAAGGUAUCCCCAUAUUUGAGAAGGUCUUUUGGGGUUUCAGUGUUAGUCUUUCCUCCCAUUCUCAACCCCCUUAUAUACGGUCUCAAAACUAAAGAGAUUCGAGAGAGGAUUUCCAUCUUCUUCAAGAAAAAAGUGUCUCCUUUUUAA